CCUAUGGCCCGGGCCGGCCCCGGGACACUGCUCUAUCGCCGAAACAUCAGACUGGACUCUUUCCUGAAGCGUAACACGGAACGGGCACUGUACGAGCGCAUCCGGACCUAUGAACCAUGUGUGGUCAAGUCGGACUCCAUUAAUAAAGUUUACAUGCACGUGGUGAUGAGCGAUGAGCGUGUGUACCUAACUGAGUUCCCGCCACGCACACUCACCUCUGCCUUCGGGUUCAGCUCCGUGAGGGCCAUAGAGCUGAUCAAUGACCUCCCAGACUUCCUCAGUGGCAAAGAUAGGGAGCAGUGUCAGCACAUAAAGAUCAUUUAUGUCCCAGAGAAACCUGUUUCAAAGGCGUAUCAUGAUGAUCAACUGUUACCUGCACUUCCCCCAUCUCACACCUUUAGCCCUCUUACAUCAGAAGGAUAUGCUGCACACAGAUCCAGCCGGUCCGCCUCUUGUCCUAAUGGAGAGACUCUGGGUCUCCUAGCCCCCCAACCUCCAGCCCGACCUCACUCCUCUGCCUCUAUGUACCCUCUUACCUCCAAUCAGCGCACAAAAAACUCACUAUCUCCUAAGGUGCCCAGGAGAAUUGGUUUGUUGUUGUCACGUCUUUUGAAACAAGACAAAGGUUCCAACAUAGCUGAACUGCAUUUAUACGCACUUUCACCAUUCUCCACACUUUAUGUUAAUCUACAGAGUUCCUGGACCAGCUUCAUCAUUAAGUCUACCUUGACUUUAGACCCAGUAUAUAGGAGAAAGUAUUGUACUUCACCUCCAGACAUCAGCUGGGAGCAAACAUCCCAUUUGUUUUCUCAAUUACAAGCUGAUGUGUUACGGAAGGGCAUCAGUGUGGAGAGCCUAUAUCUGUUACUGCAGGAGCUGUGCACUGCUGCUCAUAGAAAUAUGACAUUACGCAGACUCUUCUGGAGAUCCAGUGAGUUGUGCGUGUUCCUGGUCCAGACUCUUGAGGAUUGCCUACCUGGAGGUCGCAGUGUGAUUUACACAACAGAUCACCUCUUAAUGAGCACCGUGAUUGUCCAGACGCUGGCCAUCAUGUUUAGAGAGACUGAGGUGGAACCAGCCAGACUGAGUCUACUCUCUGCAAACAAUGGUGCCCUUGUUACCAGGAUGCUACUAGCUUUGAUUCGUGAUCCAGGGCCUCAGACUCCAAAUGCCACCCAGACUGAUGUUUCUCUUGUUGAGUAUUUGGACUCUGCCUGUUCAUUGCUCUUUGAACUGCUGCUUCAAGGUCAAGAGAAAAGCAAGUUUUCCUUUUCUGAGAGUAUCUUGUCUGUUGGGUGGAUACUUCAAGAGCUACAGCCACAUCGUCACCUGUUAUCCUUUAUUGGUUACCAGACCCAACAGGUAGUACUGGUUCUAUCCAGUCCACCACACUACAUAUUAAGUCCAGUACAGUCGGUCCUGUUGUUUCAACGAUGUCACCUCCUGCUGGUUAGUCUGCAAUACAGCAAACAUCUCAUGCAACAUCUGAAGUCCAACUUCAGAGAUGAUUUCAAGUACUCAGUAAAUGUUGUAAGUGUUGAGCCAAAGCUGCCUCCUCACUAUCCCAUCAGCCCAAUGAUACGACAGCUGGUGAAGCAGAUUCUAACUCUUAUCCUGCACUGGGACACUUCUUGAGUUGUAUUCCAACUCACUGCCUUUAUGCUUAAUAUUACUAUGCACUUUAU